AGAUUGAAUUCACUUCAGGAACUUCAGCUCCUUGAGAUCAUGUGCAAUUAUUUCCAAGAGCAAACCAAGGAUUCAGUCCGGCAGAUCAUUUUCUCAUCUCUCUUCAGCCCUCAAGGAAACAAAGCAGAUGACAGCAGGAUGGCUUUACUAGGAAAGCUGGUUUCCAUGGCAGUGGCUGUGUGCAGGGUUCCAGUUCUAGAAUGUGCUGCCUUCUGGCUGCAGCGAACCCCUGCUGUGUACUGUGUGAGGCUAGCCCGAGCCUUGGUUGAUGACUACUGCAACUUGGUGCCAGGGUCCAUCCAGACGCUGAAGCAGAUAUUCAGCGCCAGUCCUCGCUUCUGCUGCCAGUUCAUUACAUCAGUCACAGCGCUCUACGACCUCUCUUCAGAUGACCUCAUCCCUCCUUCGGAUCUGCUAGAGUUGAUUGUUUCCUGGAUCUUUGAAGACCCCCGCUUGAUUCUCAUCACCUUUCUGAAUACUCCUAUUGCAGCCAACCUGCCAAUAGGCUUUUUAGAGCUCACCCCGUUGACUGGACUGAUCCGUUGGUGUGUGAAGGCCCCCUUGGCUUAUAAAAGGAAGAAGAAAGCCUCUCUCUCAAAUGGACACCCUACUAGCAAAGUUGCCAAGGACUCCACUUCAGGAGAAGACAGAGAUUGCCAUCAGCUGUAUUCAAAACUGCAUCUAAGUGUCCUGCAGGUUCUUAUGAUGCUUCAGGGGCAUUUAACGGAGAAGAACCUUUAUGGGCGCCUGGGGCUAGUACCCUUUGACCACGUGGUUCCGCUCGUUGAGGAAAUUAACAGACUGUCUGAUGAACUAAAUCCUCUCAAUGCAUCCAAAGAGAUUGAACUGGCUCUGGACAGACUGGCUCAGGCUUUGCAAGUGGCCAUGGCAUCAGGAGCACUCCUGUGCACUAGAGAUGACUUGAGAACUGUCUGCUCCAGGCUACCGCAUAACAACCUGCUCCAGCUGGUGAUUUCAGGUCCAGUACAGCAACCGACCCACGGCGCUCUGCCACCAGGAUUUUAUCCUCAUAUUCAUACUCCUCCUCUGGGCUACCCUGCACAUGCCACGCACCCUGCGCUCCCGGCUCACCCAGCGCUCCCAGCUCACCCUGUACAAACAUUUAUACCAGGAAUGACAUUCCCAUACCGACCUAUUCGCUAA